AUGUUGACUCGUUGUUUGCCUUUGGUGCAAGGCCAAACGGUCAUGUAUGCGAGUUGUGCGGCGCUAAGUACGUCGAAGCCGGCUGGCAAGCGCAUGAAAACAUUCGAGAUUUACCGAUGGAAUCCAGAGAAGAAGGGCUCUAAACCAGAAAUGCAGAAAUACGAAGUCGACUUGGAUGAUUGCGGUUCCAUGGUUCUGGAUGCGCUCUUGAAGAUUAAAAGUGAACAAGACCCCACAUUCACUUUCAGGAGGAGUUGUCGUGAAGGAAUUUGCGGCUCAUGUGCUAUGAACAUAGCUGGAGAGAACAAUUUGGCAUGCACUCUAAAGAUUGACACCGAUCUAAGCAAGACCACCAAGAUCUAUCCUCUUCCUCAUAUGUAUGUGAUCAAGGACCUUGUCCCUGACUUGAGCUUGUUUUUCGAGCAAUACAGAUCUAUCCAGCCAUGGCUUCAGAAGAAUGAAAAGUUAACUUUGGGAGAGAAGCAAAUGUUCCAAAGUGCAAACGAACGUGCAAGGAUUGAUGGACUUUAUGAAUGCAUCUUAUGUGCAUGUUGCUCUUCAUCUUGUCCCUCAUAUUGGUGGAACGCGGACAAGUAUUUGGGUCCAGCUGUGCUUAUGCAGGCCUACAGAUGGAUUGUUGAUUCUCGAGAUGAUUAUGCAAGAGACCGACUUGCUCGUAUCCAUGAUGCUUACUCCGCAUUCAAGUGCCACACCAUAAUGAAUUGUACGAAGACCUGUCCGAAGCACUUGAACCCUGCGAGAGCGAUUGGGGAAAUCAAGUCGCUACUCACUGGCAUGAAGAGCAAGCCAGCACCCGAGCCAGCGAAGAUGUUGGCGCGAACCUUUCUAACAACUCGCAGUCAUGCUCUUAUGUAUGCAAGUUGUGCUGCUUUGUCGACGUCGAAACCUGGUGAAGCAAGAAUGAAGACAUUUGAAAUUUAUCGUUACGAUCCUGAAAGGAAGAGUAAACCCCAAAUGAAGAGAUACACAAUUGACUUGGAUACCUGUGGUCACAUGAUACUCGAUGCUCUGAUCAAGAUCAAGGACGAACAUGACAGCGGCCUCACCUUCAGAAGGAGUUGUCGUGAAGGAAUCUGUGGAUCAUGUGGGAUGAGCAUUGGAGGAGAAAACACAUUGGCUUGCAUUUGUAGAAUUGACAGUGACACGAGCAAGGUUACGAAGAUCUACCCUCUUCCACACAUGUACGUUAUCAGGGAUCUUGUUGUCGACAUGAACCUGUUCUAUGAGCAGUACACCUCUAUUAGUCCGUGGAUUCAUAAGAAGAAAGAUCUCACGUUGGGCCAAAAGCAGUUCUUCCAGACUAUAAAGGAGCGCGCUAAAGUUGAUGGGCUCUACGAAUGCAUCUUGUGCUUGUGUUGUUCCACAUCGUGCCCGUCAUACUGGUGGAAUGCCGACAGAUAUCUGGGUCCAGCUGUUUUGAUGCAAGCGUACAGAUGGAUCAUCGACUCUCGCGACGACUACGCGUACGAACGUCUCCAUCGUAUGCAUGACGUUUAUUCCAUGUACAAAUGCCACACCAUCAUGAAUUGCACGAAGACUUGUCCUAAGAAACUGAAUCCUGCGAAGGCAAUCGGAGAGCUGAAGGCAUUACUCACAGGUUACAAGAUGAAGCCCGCACCGGAACCAACUCCUGCUAACUUCUAUAAAUAG